AUUCAUCUCAGCCAUUCAAAUGAAAUAUAUAUCUAAUACAUUUUAUAUAUUUUGAAAAACCCUUCUGUGUUAUUAUAUAGAUGGUGAGGAUAUAGAAUACUUCCAAAUCUUGUGUCUUUGAAGUGCCUAGUUUUCUUGCAAAUUAUGCCUGUAGGUCUUAUUGAGAGAGAGAGAGUGGGGGGAGCCUGGGUGUGUUUUGUGCUCAAAUAAUUUAGGGGGUGUUUUUUUUUUUUUUUUUGUGAAUUAAAUAUUAUUGUUUCCAAUAUAGACCAUCAAAUUUUGAUUUUGAUGGCUCCAUGCAACAUUAAUUUGCCCCAUGACUGAUGGAUCAAAUCACUCAAAAAUAGAAUAUGCCAAUAAUAAAGUCUGUGAGUCCCACUCUCACACUGAAACAACUAAAGCAGAUCCAUGCCCACAUACUGAAAUCAACCACACCCUACACCUUGAACUUGCUUCUGGGUUCCUUGACACGCUCAACCAACCCACAAGAUGCCCUCAUUCUCUACAACCAAAUGCUGCACCACCCUUCUUCCCAUAACCACUUCACCUUCACUCAUGCCCUCAAGGCUUGUUCCUCACUGCAUGCUCUCCAAAAGGGUCUUGAAAUCCAUGCCCGUGCCAUCAAAACUGGUCAUUUUUCUGAUAUCUUCAUCCAAAACAGCUUAAUUCACUUCUAUGUCCUUGAAAAUCACAUUGUUGAUGCUUGCAGAGUCUUUGAUGCCAUUCUUUACCCUGAUAUUGUUUCGUGGACAUCGAUUGUUUCUGGGCUUUCCAAGCGUGGCUUUGAAUCGGAAGCCAUUGUUAAGUUUUUGUCCAUGGACGUUGAGCCUAAUGCUACUACACUUGUUAGUGUUAUAUCUGCAUGUUCUAGCAUAAGAGCUGUUAAGCUUGGUAAAGCUAUUCAUGGGUAUUGUUUAAAGAAUUUGACUGAAGAUAAUGUCAUUUUGGAUAAUGCAGUAUUGGGUUUUUAUGUAAAAUGUGGGUCUUUAAGGAUUGCUCAUUAUCUGUUUGUGAGAAUGCCUAAGAGAGAUGUGGUUUCUUGGACUGCAAUGGUGGGUGGUUUUGCGCACACAGGAUUUUGUGAGGAGGCAGUUGGGAUUUUUCAGGAUAUGUUACUAAGAAGAGAAGCUGAACCUAACGAGGCCACUAUAGUCAAUGUAUUGUCGGCAUGUUCUUCUCUUAGUGCCUUGAGUUUGGGUCAAUGGGUGCAUGAGUAUGUGAGCACUCGACAUGAUCUUAUGGUGGAUGGCAAUGUGGGGAAUGCUUUGAUUAACAUGUAUGCUAAGUGUGGCAAUAUGGGUAUGGCAAUUCAGGUGUUUAACAUGCUUAUGUAUAAGGAUAUAGUGUCAUGGAGUACUAUUAUUAGCGGAAUGGCCAUGAAUGGCCUUGGUGUGCAUGCUUUGCCGCUCUUCUCACUAAUGUUAAUUCACGGAGUACCUCUUGAUGAUGUAACCUUUAUUGGCUUGAUAUCAGCUUGCAGUCAUGGGAGGAUGAUUGAUCAAGGAUUGAUGUUCUUCAAAGCCAUGACUGAUGUUUAUAGAAUUGAGCCCCAAGUGCAGCAUUAUGCUUGCAUUGUUGAUAUGUAUGGUCGAGCAGGGCUCUUGAAGGAAGCAGAGGCUUUCAUAAAAAAAAUGCCUGUGGAAGCAGAUGGAACGGUUUGGGGAGCACUCCUUAAUGCCUGCAGAAUUCAUGGGAAUGAGGAGAUGUUUGGGCGAAUCACCCGUUGUCUUCCUACCACUAAAGGUGUGAGCAUUGGAACUUAUGCUUUGUUAUCCAACACAUAUGCUAGUUCCAGGAGGUGGGAAGAUGCUAAUGUGGUUCGGGACGUGAUGAGAAGUAUGGGGUUGAAGAAGAAGGCUGGAUGUAGCUGGAUUGAAGCUGAUGCAUCCAUCCAGAGUUACUUUUUACAGCUUGCAAUGUGGUAUGGAGACAUCAUUCGUGCCAAUUCAAGGACACUAAAAUGUUUGCCAAAGUCUAGUAAAACCUAACUUUGACAGAAAAACUAUGAUAAUUAUGAAAGUUGAAAAGCACAUGUUGACAUCUUGGUUUAUAUACUCAGAAGAAGAUGUCACCAAGGUAAUUUCUGAAAACAAAUUCAAGUAAAACAUGUACAAGCAAAAUCUAUACAUAGGGUUUCUUUGGAGAUAUCUAGACUGGAAAAAUUGAUUCAUACUAUGUUAAAAAUAAUACUGUUCUGUUUUGUCUAGGAACUCAUCAUGAAUUUCUAGAAGCUAGCAUAAUAUGAUGGAUACUAACAAGCCAUACAUAAAACUCAAUAUGACGUGUGUGAAGAAGAUAAACUAGAGAUUUGUGGAGAUCUACGGCCCAAAGGCCGUAUAGAGCUCUUGAGAGGCUCAAAUAUCUUUUUAGAACUUAACUAAGUUUUACUUCUAAAUUUCUUCUUCUUCCUCAUACAUCCUCAAAUGAUCACAUGUCACUUUAUAUAGUGAUUUUUAGAUACAUCUAAGACUAACAAUUAAUUCAUACAUUCACAUACAAUCAAGACACUUUGAACCUAAUUAAGUGACCCUACCCUUCACUCUUCAAGACCGUAAUGAACUCAACCUUUCAAUAUAUGUAAUUAAUAAAUUCUAAAUUAAUUUCAUAUAGUCCUCAUGGGUUCUAAGUUUC